UUCUUGUAGGUAAAAUUCUUGUACUUUGAGUUGCUACCAUUCCAUUCUGAUCAUGGAGAACAGUGGAUUCAAUAUGCCAAUGGGUAUGGCUGCAGAAAAUUUCAUCAUUCCAGAUGAAAACUAUCCACCUGCAGCCAUGGUUUCUUUUAAUCAGAAAGCUUUUCUUGAUCAAAACCACCAUAUCAUGCCUGGAUUUCCGAUGCUUUCGAUGAUCCCAGGUGAACCCGUAAACGGUUCAGGGAUUACGAACCCGACUGAACAUUUAGGAAGUAAUUUCCCUUCUAUUGGCCAUAUGGAUGUUCCCAUUUCUGCUACAGCUCUUGCAGCCCUUCUUGCUUCAAGACAUGGUCAACAAGAAAGCUUAAACUUCCCUCUUUUUGGUCAAUCUCUUGAAGUUCCUAAAAGUGUUGUUCCAAAUAAUCAUUUCCCCGAUACACUGCCGUCGCUGUUUAAUGCCGCUGAGAAUUUCGGAUACGAUGGGACUAUGGGUGAUAUGAGUAGGAAAUGGGAUUUCAACAAGUUCUUUAUGCCUCCAACGGAACGAAUGGGAUUCGAUACGCAUCCAAACGGGUGGAUAUCGUCCGAAAACAACGCAAGUGUGAGCUCAGAUGGUAACGAGUUAUCAUUGAGUCUUGCUACAUGUUCUGGGAUGAGCAAUCUUUCGUUACAUGGAAGACAGUUGGGGAGCACAGAACAAGCUAGUUCUUGCAACAGUAAGAGUUUCUCUUUGGGGUUCAAUUCUAACUCGAAUAGACCGAUCCCGGUUUUGCAAUGUUCAUCUGGAUCGAAUACCUAUCUUCAUAUAAUGCAAGAAAUCCUUUCGGAAAUCGCAAGCUAUUCCCUUGGAAACUUCGACCAGAUGGGCUAUAAGCAGAUCGGUUCUGAUGACUUCUCUGAUGGAAAUAACACAUUCGAGGAUCACAUCAAUCCCAUUCUAAAAUCACGAGGAGUCGAAAUGAAAAAGAAACAUUUGCUGGCCUUACUAGAAAUGGUCGAUGAACGCUAUAACCAGUGCUUAGACGAGAUUCAUACAGUGAUAUCGGCGUUCCAUGCUGUAACAGAAUUGAAUCCUCAAAUUCAUGCCUGUUUUUCCCUUCAUACGAUUACUUUCUUUUACAAGAGUUUAAGGGAGAGGAUAAGUAAUCAUAUUCUUUCGAUGGGAGCCGAUUAUAACACGAUGGAUCCAGGAGAAGAGGAGCUGUCGUCUUUUGUUCCGAAGCAAUGGGCUCUUCAGCAGCUAAGAAGAAAAGAUCAUCAGCUAUGGAGGCCCCAAAGAGGAUUGCCAGAAAAAUCGGUCUCUGUGUUACGUGCAUGGAUGUUUCAAAACUUUCUUCACCCGUACCCUAAGGAUGCAGAGAAACAAUUGUUGGCUGUAAAAAGUGGAUUGACAAGGAGCCAGGUAUCGAACUGGUUUAUAAAUGCGAGAGUUCGUCUGUGGAAGCCGAUGAUUGAGGAAAUGUACUUAGAGAUGAACAGAAGAAGUCGCGAUGAAGAAACCGCUAGAAACUCGCAAUAUCACACUUGAAGAACUCGCAAUUUUCAACUUCUGUAUCUUUUGGUUUUAUGGGAAAACU